UCCUCAAAAGAGAGCGCUCUGACGUUGCCUCCUCACUUCGUCCGCCCGGUGCCCCUGCAAGCUUCUCUUCGUUACGCCCACACAACAAACUAAAGAUGAAUGACGAAGGCAAACUUUUCAUCGGAGGCCUCAGCUUCGACACCAAUGAGGAGUCCUUAAUGGCGGCUUUCGCCAAGUAUGGAAACAUCGCUAAAGUUGAUGUUAUCCGUGACAAAGACACUGGGAGGUCUCGCGGAUUUGGCUUUGUCAAGUUUGAUAAUGCAGAUGAGGCCAAGGAUGCUUUGGAGGGAAUGAACGGAAAGAGCUUGGAUGGACGGUCUAUUCGCGUGGAUGAAGCAGGCAGAGGCAGAUCCGGCGGCUCCAGGGGCGGCUCCAGAGGCAACUUUGGUGGUGGCGGAGGUGGAUUCGGCGGAAGGGGUAGAGGUGGCGGUGGCGGCUAUGGCGAGAGAAGCUACGGCGGCGACAGGAGCUACAACAGCGAAAGGAGUUACGGUAGUGGAGAGAGGAGCUACGGUAGCGGCGGCGGCGGUGGAAGUGGAGGUGGAUACAGGAGUGGUGGUGGUGGCGGCGGAUAUGGCGGCAGCGGUGGAAGCAGCGGAGGCGGCGGUGGAUACAGGGACAACAGGGGCCAGGGAAGCUAUGGUGACCGCGCCAGCUCAGGAUCCUACAGAGACCAAUAUGACAGCUAUGCUGCACACGACUAAAAAUCCCUGACUCAAGAUCAUCACUUGGCUGGCUGUAUUUAAAAGAUGCGCUCCUCAAGAAAAUGUCCACGUGUUAUUGGUGACCUUAUUUUUAUAGUAUGUUCUGUUGUAGCAGCUUAAGCAUCUUUAAAUGUAGCCAUAACGUUUGGCCGUUCAUUCACAAAACCAUGUUUAAAGUUACUUUAAGAUGUUCCUGGGUUGAGGGGGCGUCUUAUUAAUAUCUUGCUAUAAAUUGUCUGAUUUGAAUGGUGCUGUCGACUGAUUUUUCCAACAUCUAUUCACUUGGCUCUCUCCUGAUACACUCAGCCUUGUUCUGGCACAGAACUGAGCUUUUUUUAUUCCCUGAAACAUUGGAGCGUCCGAUGGGGCUUCUUUACCUUACGUUGUAGUUCUCCUUCAGUUUGACUAUGACCUACCUCCUGCCAAGUUCUAAACUGAGCGGACAGAGACAGCCGUGCUCCUAAACAUUUUUCGGGGGGGGAUUUUGUACAUGCAUUCCUUAGUGCUACUAGAGCAAUUCCACAUCCUUAAGUGUUUAUUUUAAUUUAAUUUUUUGCUGAGGGGCCCCUGUACUAUCAGUUUCUUCCCAAGAAAAUUCAUUUUCAGAAAGUAUUCCACACACAGAGGGGCAGACUGUUCAUAGUGUUGCAAAAUGCAGCACGUUGCAGUCCGUCCAAAAUUUCGAUUUUCUUUGUUCUGCUCUCAACGCCUGCAUUUUAAAUGUGCUGUAAAAUGGACUGAACAUGUAUAGGUGAACAUCAAUGUAACUCGUCGCCCCAGUAAAUAACAGCCGGGAUCAGUUUUGUACUUUGCUAUUUGUAUCAACGAUUUUUUUUUUUCUGUCAAUUUGGUUUCAUGGAGCCUAUUAAACGAUUUAUGAAAAAAUACCAAAAAAAUGAUUCUUGUGUUAAACUAAGGGGGGACCCUCCUGGGUAAAUAACUUUGUUUGUUUUGUAUAAUGAUGCUUUGCAUCCAUAGUGAUUGGACUACUUGAAUACUUCUCAAAAGUCGGCAAUAUAAAGCUCUGAGAAGUCAAGUCGCUCAAAAGCAUUUGUCCCAAGUUUAAUUUGGCAAGAUAAACUAAUCUUCAGUUGCCCAGAGCAUGUAAUGUGAAGACCUUGUACAGUGGGUGUUGUGGUGGGGAGAGAUGAGGUGGAUUUUGGUUGUUAAUGCUUCAUUACGUUCAAGCGGUCCGCUUCUUCCAAAACCUACAAGUCCUUGGCGUGAAGUGUUGCCCCUCCUGACAAGUGCACAUCCGAUGAACGCUGCUCUCUUGCCUAGUUCAUAUGUGGAGAAUUCGUAGGCCUGUUCACUUGAGGUAAACUCCUUUUGCUUUGCUCACAUCCUUCGACCUUGGUGUAUAACAUGUCCAUGACCUUCCAAGUUAGCUGAUGUAAAAGUCCUUCCUUGCUUCAAAUGUCUGGUUCUGACGUGAUCAUUGACGAAUAACCACACACUUGGACUAUGGUGCCCUCUCUUCGCUGAAAACCAAGCCUCCAGUCAAAUGGAUAGUAUUGUCAAUGCAUCAGUUAAUCAAACUUGCUCCAAGAAUCCUUCAAUUGACCUAGGACGAUUUCAGUUUCCACCUUUUCGUUGGCCUUUUCCCCUAGUGUGUCACUGAGUAAAAUAGUUCUGUUGCAUGCUCUUCAUUGACAUCUGUGUUCUCUUGCCCAGAACUUAAUUGUUGAUUUCUUUCGUUCAGGGUGACCCGACGGUGGGAGAAUACUCAGGAUCUACACAUUGGCCUAACAUGCUGAACUCGAGUCUGCAGGGAAGGCCCUACUUGUCACCAGGUAAAUUUAACCAGUGCAGUUGACGGCGACAUCCCUAAUGCUGUUGGCCAAUAGUUUAUUUUGCCGGGAUGGUUCCAGGAUUAGUAAAUUGCAACCGAGAAAGUGUUUCAAUCUUAAGUAUAGGGUACCACUUUCCUUGGGAGUAUUUAAAGUGACUCUGCUCUUAAAUAGCACCGCAGAGCUUAUAAAACGGGUUUACUAAAUGGGUUGGAUUGUUAACGAUAAAUUUGCCAAUUACAGUGUUGGUAAAUUUGGGUGUUUGUGUAGUAUAUUGGGAAAUUACUGAUACUUUCGGAAUAUUAUAAAUAAUUGGGGACUCCUGACCGUUGGUAGAUUGAAAAUACACGUUGCAGUGUAUUUUGUCUCUAUUCAGGGCACCCUGUACGUGUUAUGUCAGAUAUGAUCACAUCUACGAGCAAUUUAUCAAGACUUUGAUCCUCUGGUUCUAUUCUCCUAGAUUGUAGGUUGAAAUAAUUGUUUUUCCUCCCCAGGUUGAGGGAACCUUCCGGUGAAUGGAAGCAUCUCUGAAGAUGGUCCCGACCAGUGUUCUUACAGAAGGUGGUCCCGACAAGUCUGUUCUUACAGAAGGUGGUCCCGACAAGUCUGUUCUUACAGAAGGUGGUCCCGACAAGUCUGUUCUUACAGAAGGUGGUCCCGACCAGUCUGUUCUUACAGAUGGUGGCAGAAGAAUGAACAGAAGUGCCUCCUUCACGGCCCAGAAAAAAAUAUUUAAAUAGAAGUCUAUAUUUAUGACCUGUGCAGUUAGUUUUUCAUUGAAAUGCUCCUGCUCAUAACUCCCUUGUUGGGGUUAAGUUAUCGUUUUCAAUGUAUAACAUUUUCAAUAAAUUGAAAUAUUCCUACUGGUGCCUCUUCCAUUAUGAGAUGUAUAGUAAUAUACAGGAAAUAGAAAUGUUACUCAUGGAGUUAUAUGGAGUAAAUAAACUAAUACGGUUCUGUUGUCAUAUUUAAGUCAGUCAGCCUCCCAGAGGUUAUGCUGACAACCAGGAAAUGUACUUUUCUAGUGCAAACAAACUAGGGCUGGGUAAAAAUAACGACUCAUCAACGCACUAAUUUAUUUCAAUUGAAUUUCGCUAGAAUUUAAUUUACAUUAAAAAAAGCAGCCAUUGUAAUCUAGAAGCGAGUGGCUAAAUGUACAUGCCCUUAUACAUUUGAUUUUUAUGCUGCCAAGUUUAGCUCAGGAACAGUACUAUACAAU